GUGGCACUUUCUCAGUCCUGUGGCGGAGAGCGUCUCUCCAACCGGUACAGCGACGGACGCAUAGCCUCCGGUUCGGGCGCCUGGCAGGACAUUCGGGGUCGGUCUGUGGAGUCCAUGCGAGUCCCGCCUUGCAACUGCGCACCAGCUGGAUACGCACAUAUUCAGUAAGGAGAAGUCGCGAGACAGACGCCAGCGUGCUCGGCCGAGGGAAGCGCGAAGAAUAUGAUGUCCAAACGACACCUGCUUCUUGUACUCUACAGCGUGUGCGGGACUGUCAUCAAAGAGGCAGCAACGAAGAGCAAAGCAAAAGGCAGCCAAGGACAGUUCCCUGUUACCCAGAACGUUACGGUGGUGGAGGGCAGUGCAGCCAACAUGACCUGCCGUGUGGAUUAUAAUGAUAACACCUCCCUCCAGUGGUCAAACCCUGCACAACAGACGCUUUUCUUCGGGGACAAGAAAGCGCUGAGAGACAACCGGAUCGAGCUGGUCCGAGCCUCGUGGAAGGAACUGACUAUCAGCAUCAGUGACGUGACGCUGUCGGACGAGGGCCAGUACACGUGCUCUCUCUUCACCAUGCCCGUCAAAACCUCCAAGGCCUUCCUCACAGUGCUGGGUGUACCAGAGAAACCAGAAAUCACUGGCUUCACGAGACCUGCUGUUGAGGGAGAAGAGGUCACCCUCACAUGUACAACAUCUGGGAGUAAACCAGCCGCCAACAUCCGAUGGUUCCGGAAUGACAAGGAGGUGCAGGGUGUGAAAGAGGUGAACGCCACUGGUAGAUCAUUCGUGGUGAGGAGCACCGUACGUCUCCAGGUGGACCGCAACGAUGACGGAGCCGCAUACACCUGCAGUGUGGAGCAUGUGGCACUCAACUCCACCCCUCAUCAAGUCACAGAGGUGCUGGAGGUCCACUAUGCACCUCAAGUAGAGAUUGUGCACUCUUUAAUAGUGCCCCAGGAAGGGCAGUACUUCAAACUGGAGUGUGUAUCCAAAGGCAACCCGCUACCCGAGCCUGUUCUCUGGACAAAAGACGGUGGAGACCUUCCUGACGUGGAGCGCAUGAUCGUGGAGGGCAGAGAACUAAUCAUCACCUCACUGAACAAAACGGACAACGGCACGUACCGUUGCGAAGCGCACAACCACCUCGGGAGCAACAGUGACGAAUAUGUUCUGUUUGUGUAUGAUCCCAACGCGCUGACUCAACACAGCCCCGACCACGCACUGAUCGGCGGCGUGGUGGCUGUGGUGGUCUUCAUCAGCCUGUGCUUCAUCAUCGUCCUGGGCCGCUACCUCGCCAGACAUAAAGGGACAUACUUAACGAAUGAGGCCAAGGGAGCAGAGGACGCCCCAGACGCCGACACUGCCAUCAUCAAUGCAGAUGGGAACCGCGCACAUGCAGAGGAAAAGAAAGAAUAUUACCAGGGAGCGGCAAGAAAUGUGGUUCAUCUCAAGUCGGAAAACCUUGGCUUUGCCAAUAAUUACACUUUAAGGGAAGAAUACGUGCGAUGCAUAAUGUGAAUAUUUAUCGUCCUUUUUUUUUUAAAUGAUUAUACAUUGUGAAAGUGGGUGUUCACUGAAGUGUAUUCCAUAAAAGAAUGUUACAUAAAGGCAAAAGACAGGACAUGGGUACUUUUGUAAUAUAUGGAUACCAAAAACCCUGACAAACAUGUAGAAGGGAGACAAGCAUAAUACCAGUUGAAAGCACAAUUAACCCCCCUGGUCUUGUCCGAACAGAAAUAGCAUUGCAGUUUCUUUUGUUAUUAUCUGUCUGUAUAUUCUUGCACUGUUCAUGUUUGGCACUUCUUUUUUUAAAACACAUAAGCACAAAGUCACUGUUAAAUGUCACUGGUUUAGACUGUCUCAGGAUGAAAACAUUUUGUUACCGAAUGACGAAAAUGACUUCUUUUUCCUGUACUGUUUAAACAGUUUUUUUUUUUCUCAUGUGGACUGAACAUAAAUUGAAAAUCAGCACUGGUUAAUUUACAGUAGGUAGUUUAAUUAAUAUUUAUUUUAAUUAUAGCCCCUGACAAUAUUGCUGUACAUUUACUUUCCUAAGGUGAUUAUUGGUGGAAAAUAUUGUUGAAACAUGGGAAUCCAUAUAUCAACAUUUGUAUAAUAGGCAAUAUAGGACAGCUUUCUGAUAACAGAUUCAUUCUACUCUUGGAUUAAAUUAUGCUGUCAAUUGGAAUUAUCUGUGGAAAACAUUUAAUCUGGGAGUAGAUGUACUCUGCAUCCGGAAAACUGACUCAUAGUUAUUUAAAGUGUUUCAUCAUUUUUAUAAUUGUGUUGACACAGUAGUUUUUCCCCUAGCAUAAGCAUGUAUAUAAUGUGAAUAAUUCACUAUUUAGUCAUUUAUUUAACUGAAUUUUAAAUCUUUAUUAUACCGUUUUUAAGUUCCAUACAUGCCAUGUUUGUGUGUCUACUUUAGAUUCAGCACUGCAUAAUACUUUUGGUAAAACUGACGGACAAAUACAAUGUAUUAUUACUCUAUUAGUGUACUUUAGAAUGAGUUUUCCAUGGGAAGGUCAGAACAACAUUCACAAUUAUUGCCUUUGUGUUGGCAAUUAUCCAUAAGACACUGAAUUGCUGCUGAAUUGGGCGGCUUUUAAAAACAUUUUCAACGUCCAUACUUCAUCCCACUAUUUAUAACAUCAAAUAGAAAUGACAUUUUUAAGACCAUUUCAUUAGAUUUGACUCUUUUUUUUUUUUUGUUCUAUGAGAAAAUGU